UCUGAUAUUUUUGAUGCUUUACAUCCUGCUUUACAUCAUGAUCCCAGAUUCAAAAUUUCACUUAAAGAACAAUUCAUUUUAACUCUUAUGAAGCUUAGAUUAAAUUUGGGAAACAAAGACCUUGCUUACAGAUUUGACAUUCAUCGUACAACAGUAAAACGUUACAUUGAGAAAUUUAUAGAUGUAAUGUACGUUCGUCUUCCACCUGCUUUAUUGCUUUGGCCUGAUAGUAAGGCAUAUAAACUUACAAUGCCACUGUCUUUCAGAAAACAUUAUCCGAAUUGUAUCGCUAUACUAGACUGUUUUGAGAUUAACUGCGAGAUGCAUUCAAACAUCAUUGAUAAGGCUUCAUGUUAUUCCAAAUAUAAGUCUCAUCAUACCGCAAAAUAUAUGGUGAGCAUGACCCCACAGGGAUCAAUUAACUUUUGUUCCAAAGGAUUCGGUGGCCGCAGCACAGAUGUAGAAGUUGUAAGGCAAUCUGGAUUUGUCAAAUAUGUAAAAGAAGGAGAUCAAGUAAUGGAAGAUCAUGGAUUUUUGAUAGGUGAAGAAAUCGAGGCACUUGGCGCUACAUUAGUAACUCCUGCUUUUAAGGGACUUAGACCGCAGCUAGAAGGGUCUGAGACAGAAUUUUCGCGGAUCAUUUCUAAUGAGAGAAUACACAUUGAGAGAGGAAUAGGUAACUUAAGGAAAAAGUAUACAAUCCUUCGUGGUCCAAUAAAGAUUCCUGAAAUGAAUAUUGAUUUUAAUAGAAAUGCGUUCAUUGAUAAAAUUGUUGUUGUAUGCUGUUGCCUUAUGAACGCUAUGCCAUCGAUAGUACCGCCCUCGGUUGUAUUUAAUUACAUGUAA